GCGCGCGCUGCCCGCCCACCGGGUGUCGCCCCCAGCCUCGCCAUGCCCGCCGACCUCAGCGGCACCUGGAACCUGCUCAGCAGCGACAACUUCGAGGGCUACAUGCUGGCCCUAGGUAUCGACUUUGCCACUCGUAAGAUAGCCAAGUUGCUGAAGCCACAGAAAGUGAUUGAGCAAAAUGGGGAUUUUUUCACCAUCCACACGUACAGCAGCCUAAGGAACUACCUUAUUCAAUUUAAAGUUGGAGAAGAAUUUGAUGAAGAAACCAAAGGCCUGGAUAACAGAAAAUGCAAGAGCUUGGUGACCUGGGACAAUGACAGACUCACCUGUGUCCAGAAAGGGGAAAAGAAGAACAGAGGCUGGACCCAUUGGAUUGAAGGCGACAAGCUCCACCUGGAAAUGUUCUGCGAGGGCCAAGUGUGCAAGCAGACCUUCCAGAGGGCCUGAGCGGAUCCAGCAACAGCACGUGGGGCUGCAGCUGAGCCAACUCACAGUCCAGAACAAACAGGUGUGAGUCUGUCCCGAUUUGGUGAUGGGGCCUGUGGCCAGAGAGAUGUCAUACAGCGGGCACCAGAAACCAUCUUGGUGGUGGGAAAACCUCUCAGCUUCAAUAAACUUGUCCAACGACUCUGACUUCUUCCUUCUAAGUUUUAGC